AUGGCCUGCAAAUGCCUCAACGUCCGCAUACGACCCCAGCCCGAACACUCCAGGCCUCCGGAUUUUCUCAUCGCGAACAUUGGACUCCCAGAUUACACUCUGACGUAUGUCGGCGAACACGGUCUCACCAUCGAGCACCCCCAAGUCACAGUGAGAACCAGGAAAAUCGGACAGCCCAUGCCGGACUCCCCACGGUCCAUCCGAUAUACGACGCUCACUUGUUUAAUCUGCCAGACGCUCGCUUAUCGCGUCCAGCAGCUCGUCACACCGGAUGUGGACGGUCAAGAAGGCCCACUACUUCCAUCCUCGGACUGGGUCGAACAGGAGACCCUGAAGAGCAGCCAUGGCUGGAUCGAAGUGUACAAGGACUGCCUAGCCUCCAAUGCAAUCCCUACCGUCGCUUCCUCCUCGGAUUUUUCCCCCGAGUUUCAUAUUGCUGUGCCCCAGCCCGCAACUCCUUCACCCGCUGAGCCCGCAUCCGAGGAAUCCCCGGACUCUCCGGACCACUCGCAAUAUGACGCUCCAGCCGGGCCCUUUCUGACAAACUUGAAGGCUCUGUUCCCUCCCGCCCCAUUUAUCCCUCUCCAUCCCGUUUUCUCACACCUUUUGUCCGUCGCCGAAGGCCGGUCUGAGACUCUCAGAGCGGAAACUGAAAAACAAAUCGCGGCAAUAAUACGCGAGAAAGUCGCGGAGCUGCAGGUGGCCGAGGACAAAUUAAGAAGAGAUGUCAAGUGUCUAUGGAAACAAUUCAUUGAGAACGUUGGCAAGGUCCAAACGGAAUCAGGGGCAACUGCCAGGAAGGGCCAAGGCGGUUCAAAUGGCCGCCUGCCCAAUACAGCAGGCGUUUCCGGAACGCCGCUAGUCUCCGUUAGGGACUUUGUUCCGGUUGCCAGUCCAAGAAUGAGGUCUCCCGUAUCCUCCAUACCGAGAGUGUCUUCGUUGUCAGCAUCCCUUGCUACUUCCGCGUUCUAUCAUCCCGCUGCUCACAAAGCCUCGGCGGCGGCGUCACAACCUCCAGAUGCUGACAGUCCACCAUCUUCCUCGCCAUCUUCCUCGCAUCGAUCUUCGUCUCUGGACUCGUUGAGUGGUCGCUCCCCACCUACGGAAAUAGAGUCUCCUAGUCCCUCGCCACGUGCCAGCAGGGACACCAUCAUACAGCCCUUCAAGCGAAAGAUGGACGAACAGCAAGAUACCACUGUCAGUUUCCGAUAUUUCACUAUUGUGGAAGCAGAAGCGGCCCGCAAACGACAGCAGCAGCAGCAGCAGUCCGCUGCCGCCGAUGUUGUAAGAGCCGAAGAUCGUAAGCGCACAGCGGAGAAACCAGGGGAGAAGAGCGGAGAUACGAAGGAAAGGAAGAGUCCCGGCCACAAUGAGAUCUCUACCACGGAGCACCGUGUGAAAGAGGAGCGGGCCAAGAAGUUUGAUGGUGAAGAAAGCAAGGCACCGCCUGAGAUGACGACCCCUAAGAGUAAACGACGGGUGACGUUUGAUUUACAGGUAGAGGCCGAUGACGCUAACGAGAAUACUAAUAAGAGUUCAUCCGGUGAGAAAUCCUGGGCAGAUAUGAUAUUUGACCUGGAGGACGAAGUUGAGAGUGGUGAACGUGAAGUUCCAGAAACCACACAGGUCCCCUGGCUUGUCGAUAACACUCCUACUGCCUCGCGCCCUGAACAAAGUCAUUCAGGCAGUCGCGAUGGACCUUCAACUUCGUCAUCUUUGCGGCGAACCUCCGUUCCCUCGAUACCCCUAGCAAGGACGAAUGGAGAUGCAGGCGGGAGGUCGGUUCGCGCGAACGGUGUUCUCGAUGUCGUCGCGCCGCUCAGUCCACCCGACCCGCAGAAGCCAGAGCAGUCUGACGAAGUGGACCCACAUGAAGAAGAUAUCCUGAGACUCGUCGCUGCUCACACUCCGAGCCAUCGGAAUGCCUGGAAACGCCAUAGCAAGGCGUGGAAGGCGCUCGUUGGCUCAUCCUAUCUGAAGGGUGCACCAGGGGCCUUGAUACCGAAAGAGGAUGAAGAUGAUUCUGAACGCACCCCCAAUGAGACUGAUGACAGUGAUUUGGACGCCUUACAGGAUGUGAAGUGGUCCUUCCAGGGCGGGAUUGCUGCAUCUUUACCUGUCAACAUCAGACCGUUGGUCCGAAGAAGAGAGCCAUUAUCGUUGGCGUCUUAUCAGCCCAAGACAUCCCUCCCCGAGAAAACCGGUGCCAUGGGACCAUCGCUUCCGGAUGCAUCCGGUGGGCGACAUGUAUCCUUUGCAGAGCGUGAUCCGGCGACCCGACGUGGCACACUCGACUUUAUUAGCACGGCGGAAACUGAAGAAGACGAGGAAGGGAGCGAUGAGGAGCCUACCCAGGUUAGCAUACCUGAUGAAGCUCGAGGUCGGCAACGUGCUUUCAAGAUCCUCAAGGCGAGAAGCAAGGUUCCUGCCGCGGGCAUGUGGAGGAAGUCUUGCGUCGAAAAUCUGCAUUCGGUAGUCUCGCAUUCGGUCGGCGAUCAUGUCUCCUUCUCUGCACCCGCUUUCACUCGAUCCGUAGUGGAGGACAACAACAUUCGUUUCUCCGUCACGUAUGCGGUCAUAAAACAAGCACCCGAGAUAAUCAGGGCCAAUCGCGAACGGACUGUCUGGAUCAUGAAGCAGACGCUUGCUGGUUUGCGCGUUACGAAGGACGAGCGGAAGAGUGUUGUGGUGCGUCAUCAUCCUCUGCGUUUCUAG